GAUGUUGAGGAUCAAGAGGGUUCCCACCGUCGUUUCGAAUUACCAGAAAGAUGAGGCGGAGGAGGGUGCUCGCCGCGUCGAGGGUUGUGGCCGCAAUUGCCUUAACCAAUGUUGCAUUCCAGGGGCAAAACUUCCAUUGUAUGCCUUCAAGAAGCGGAACGUGAAUAAUGGUGACACGGGUGUGCCCGGACAUGACAAAAGAGAGCCUCCCGUUGCGUUUCUUGACUCGCUGCUUCUCGGGGAGUGGGAGGAUCGCAUGCAGAGAGGGCUAUUUCGCUAUGAUGUCACUGCUUGUGAAACCAAGGUGAUCCCAGGGCAAUAUGGUUUCAUUGCCCAGCUGAAUGAGGGUCGCCAUCUUAAGAAGAGACCAACUGAGUUUCGAGUUGAUAAGGUCCUCCAGCCCUUUGAUAGCAGCAAGUUUAACUUCACUAAAGUUGGACAAGAGGAGGUUCUAUUCCGGUUUGAAGCCAGUGAAGAUGGUGAAGUUCACUUUUUCCCUAGUGCACCCAUUGAUGUUGAAAAUUCUCCGAGCGUUGUUGCCAUUAAUGUCAGUCCUAUUGAAUAUGGCCAUGUGCUGUUGAUUCCUCGUAUUUUUGAGCGUUUGCCACAAAGGAUUGACCGGGAAAGCUUCUUGCUUGCACUUCACAUGGCGGCUGAAGCUGGGAGUCCUUACUUUCGAUUGGGUUACAACAGCUUGGGUGCAUUUGCUACCAUCAAUCACCUUCACUUCCAGGCUUACUACUUGGCCGUGACCUUUCCCAUUGAGAAGGCUCCUACCAAGAAAAUAUCCACUCUGAAUGCUGAGGUGAAGGUCUCUGAGCUUCUGAACUAUCCUGUCAGAGGUCUUGUUUUUGAGGGUGGAAACACUCUGGAAGAUUUGUCUUACACCGUCUCUGAUGCCUGCAUAUGCCUUCAAGAAAACAACGUACCGUACAAUGUCCUUAUCUCUGAUUGUGGAAAGCGAAUCUUUCUCCUGCCACAGUGUUAUGCUGAGAAACAAGCUCUUGGAGAAGUGAGUGCAGAGGUUCUGGAUACACAGGUGAAUCCAGCGGUGUGGGAAAUUAGUGGGCAUAUGGUCUUGAAGAGGAAAAAGGACUACGACGAGGCUUCAGAUGAAAAUGCUUGGAAGCUCCUGGCAGAGGUUUCCCUUUCUGAAGAGAGGUUCCAAGAAGUGAAUGCUCUUAUUUUCGAACGUAUUGCUUCCGGUAAUAAUGGGAAUGAAAAUUUGCCGGAGGAUCCAGAAGUUAAGCCUCGUUCUCAUGAAGAAGUCGACGCUACCAUUAACAAAAGCUCCCGCGCUGCUAUGGUUGGUGAGACACAAGAAUGCAUUGUUCUGCAGUAAAUGAGCAGAUUGGUGGGUGUUUACAAUGUGAAUCUAGUAUUGCAGUAUUCGAUUUGGGUUAAUGUCUGUACCUUUUAUUGGAUGCUAGCCGAUGCCUAAAUAAGCAAAACUGGUUUUGCAUAGUCAGCUGUUCAUGGUUUGCAGUGUGUGUAUUCUGCGUAACAACUUCGAUCUAUUUGUUUAGGGUGCCUUAUGGAUACGUAAAAUCCCUUGUGGUUACUAUUGUGGGUGAAUAAA